AUGGGGCGUGCAAAACUGAAGAUGGAACUAAUAAGCAAAGAGAAAGCAAGGAAUGCAACAUUCAAGAAAAGGAAAGAAGGACUAAUGAAGAAGUUGUAUGAAUUUACAACUCUUUGCAAUGUGAAUGGAUGUAUGAUCAUGUAUGGACCUAAACAAAACAAUGGAUCCAACUCUGAGCCUGAGAUUUGGACAAACAAUAGCAUGCAAUCUGGUACUAGUACUAAUAAAACCUUACAAGUUGAAGAGAUUCAGAAUCUCAUCGACGAAUACAAGAAGGAGAGUAGUACAAAAACCUUUGGAUUGUCUGAUUAUUUCCUCAAUCGAAACAAGAAAGUUGAGGAAGAGUUGAUCAAGUUGAGAAAGAAGAACAUGCAGAAAAAAUACCCAUGUUGGCUAGAGUUCAUGAACCAGUUAUCUGAAGUUAAGUUAAGGGAAUUCUUAACUUUAUUGGAUGACAAAGUUGAAAAAGUGAAGUCUAGAAUUGAUUUGCUCAAAGGGAAUUUUUCCAGUGAAGGAUUAAGCCAAUUGACUAAUAACAAUGAUAAUGUUAAUCCUCUAUUGGUACAAGGAGGAAUGGAAUAUGGAGGUAAUUUCAUAAAUAAUAAUCAAGAACAAGCUGCAAUUUAUCCUUAUUGUAAUUCCAUCAUUAAUCAUCAAGAAAUGAUGAUGUUAAUGAUGAAUGAGAAUGAUUGGCAAUAUAAUGGUGCAUCAUCAUCUUCUUCCUCCAAUGGCAUUGGCAGCAAUAAUAUGAGGUGUGCAUUAAUGAAGUAUGAGACAAUGAUGUCUCAUAACAUGAUGCUUAAUAGUCAAAUGCCAUAUUCAUCACCUUAUGUAGCUCCAACAAUCCUGCAGCCAACUCCAUACAUAAUCAUGCCGAGUGCUUUGCCCCAAAUGUACCAUCCUAUGAAGGAGAACGAGCAAGACGAGAAACUAAAACUAUCAUCUUAUUUGAGGCACUAG